AUGGCCUCCCUCUCCUCCACCAUCUCCCGCAAGUUCGCCUUCGAGGACCUGCGCCAUCCUCGCACCGUCGUGGCCGCCGCCGCGCCCGCCGACGACCCGCCCAUCAUGCCGCCGCCGCUGCUCUCCCGCGAGAGCGUGUCCACCGUCUCCGAGUCCACCGAUUCGUCGCCCACCACCGCCAGCUCGACCUUCGACUCGCCCAUCAUCUGCGAGACCUCCGCCAGCUCAUCGCCCGAGUCGCCCAUGUCCGCCAUCCCGCUGCCGUCUAUCAGCCUGACCCAUGAGCAUGGCGAGAAACUACCCCUCGUGCAGUCCUGCCGGCCGCCGCCCUCGACCAGCCCGCUGCCCGCCGACUCGCUCGCCCGCCGUGCGAAGAACCUCAAGAACCUCUCGCUGCGCCUGCCCGCCUCGCCCUUCCGUCAAUCGCUCUCAACGGCCCCUAUUCGGGAAUCCGGGCGCCACCUCUCAGAGCCUCCCUCGCCCGUCCGCCCCCAUUCGCGCGGCUCGCGCCGGCGGCCUCCCAAUCUGACCAUCCAGACGCCGGCUUUCCAGCGCCCGUUUUCUUCCAAUGGAACGCCUGCUGUGCCCCCGACCCCAAAUGCCCGGCCUUCACUGCGGCACAUUGGUUCGUCACCGUCACUCUCUUCGAUUCUUUCGCCCACCCAGCCGCACUACUCUUUUCCAGCCCCUUUUGCAUCCAUACCAUCAUCUUCUGGCAUUCGCAGCGACGUUGACUCCAGUAACGGCAUUCUGUCGUCGAAUAUUAAUACCUUUAAUCCUAAUGAACCCUUGCUGGAAUUCCGGGAGGAGGAUGACGAUUGUCCCAUUUCCCGCGAGUCGAGAAAAGGGAGUGAAAAGGGCUAUCCCGACGGCCCGAUCUGCAUUUACGAUUCUGGUUUAUAUCUCUACUUGGAGCCGAAUAGAGAGGAGGCCUCCCAAUUCGAUGUGGUGUUCAAUGUGGCUAAGGAGGUGAAGAACCCCUUCAAAGCCGACAGCCCCUCGCACGACACCGUCAUGGCGGUCUGGAAGGCCACGCUUGCCGGGUCGAAUACCACCUCGCAUGUAGAAGAACCGGCGACCGCGACUUCAUUAAUAUCCUUCAAGUCGGCCUUUGAAUCGCUAUCUAAUAUUCCUCUCCCAACGCCCAAAACAGGGGUGUCAGAACCAGAGUAUAUUCACGUACCUUGGGAUCAUAAUUCUGAAAUCCUGGAGGAUCUUUUCCCGCUGUGUGAGAUAAUUGAUGACAGGAUUUCCAAAGGGAAGAAGGUCCUGAUCCACUGCCAACUAGGCGUUAGUAGAUCCGCUUCUCUGGUGAUUGCUUACGGACUCUACAAAAACCCGCAUCUGGAUUUCAACACGGUGUACGGCAAGGUGAAGGAGCGCAGCUGCUGGGUCGGCCCGAACAUGAGCCUGAUCUAUCAACUCACCGAUUUCCGCACCAAAGUCCGCGGCGGCACCGUCGCCAAAUCGCCCGUCGUCGAAUCCAACCACGCUGCUGCUGCCGCCGCCAUCCCGCCCCCUGAAAAACGGGACGGCCCCUCCCCUUCACCCUCAGCUUCUUCAUCAUCAUCAUCCUCCUCGUCCUCCUCGCCCAUGAGAAAAUCCCCCUCCGAUCCCUCCCGUCUCUUCGCCCAAGUCAACCCAUUCAACUCCACCAACCGCGUGCGGCGCAACAUCGCGCCCCGCCCCUUACCCCUCCGCGAGAAAUUCCACACCAUCGCCUCCCUCCGCAACUCCCCGCGGCUCGACGGCCUCGCUGCCGCGGCGGCCGCCGCAGCGACCACCUACCACCGGCGUCCACCCGCUUUCCAGAUGGACCUCGUCAUGCAGGAUGUGCCGCCCAGCCCGUCGUUCUUCUCGCCGCGCGCGGCCGAGUUCACAGCCACGCCGCUGGCGCGCUCCAAUGUGGGCGACAACCUCGCGCUACGCAAAACAGCAGUAGUUGCGGCAGUGGCGGCGGCGGCGACGACGACGACGGAGGAGCUCGAGUCGCCGACACUGGUGCGACGGCCGAGCCUGAACGAUCCCAGGUCGCCCCAGAGAAGAACAGAACCGAUUAUCAUGAGAAGCAUUGACGAAUUUCUUUGA